GUUGUUUCUUUGAAGCUCCGCUAAUGACAAGUGUCGUGAUGGCAGACGACAACAAAAUCUGACGUUUGAUUUUUUUGGAUUCAGUUUAUUAUUUCGUGAUCUGUCGUAGUGUAAUGCAAAUGCUCAGUUCUCAACCGGUUUUCCAUCAUGUUUAACAAACUCGAUACUAUUAAAAAUGAUUGCUCUUGGCCGUAAUUUUUCCAUCGGCACUCUCUACAAUCACAUUGAAGACGUCAUUGUACCCAAUAUGCGUCUGUCGGUCUGUGGGAUCCAAGUGAUGUUUCUUGUCUGGCCACUGUCAAAAUAACAGAACGGAAAGAAACUGUCAAAGUUCAUUCAAUUGUGGCCGAGCAAAUGAGUGAAGAAGAAGACGAUAUUGAUGAUGAUGAAUCUGGGACCACCUUGUUGUCUGAUUUGGGAAUGGACAAUCACUCGGCCAUGAGUUUGAUGGCUGGACUGUUACACCCUUCAUUGGCAGGAGCUUGGCAGUACCCGAUUGAUCGAUCUGAUUCCACAAUGGGAUUGUUUGAUCUCGGCUCUGAAGUGGCAAUCCAUUGUCGUUCCUCCAGCAGGAAAGUCUCAGUCGACCCCACUAGCCUGGAAAUUAUCUGCCGGCCAGAGAGACUCAUCAAGAGCCAGGCCACUCACGUCGUUGUAGCGGUCACUUACGGCCUGGAGGCCUUCUGCAUUUUCUCUCCUCAACUCGGCCCACAUCCGAAAAGUUCCAGGGAGGAAGACGACUACGCCCACUACUUUGCCAACGGACUUUUGAAUGGCCGAAAUCAACUAGAACUGGACGAAGAAGAUGAAGACGGCCGCCUUAUUCCGUUAAACUUGCAGUGCUGGACUUUGAAGGACGUCGGCGAGCAGUACCAAGCCUGCAGGAAAGUCAUGGAUCACCUGGCCAGCACGGCCAUCCCGUUGAGAGUGUGGUUGUACCCUCUUGGUAAGCUGAUGUAGACGGAAGCCAAUAACAUUGAUGUAAACAAAAUUUUGAAAAUUUAAUUGCAAUUGUAAAUUCAUUGUUUUGUUUAAUUCAUGUGUGACGGAAAAGGAGGGAAAUUGCUCGUUAAAUUGUUGAAAAAGUUGCACCCAUGGAACUCAUUUCUCCAGAAAUUCUUUAUGGACAUUUUUAUUUGGUAGAGUGAAUAAGCCCAAGGAAUAUCGAAUCGAACCACAGACCUAAAACCAAAAGUACCAAGUCCCCUAAAAAGUUUCAUAAUCUAAAGAUAAGAAAUCAUCUAUAUUUUUUUAUAGGAUUGGUUAUAAAUUAAGUUCAAUUCUUUUAAUUUCACCCUUCUUUUUUAAUCUCACUUAAGAAAAUACAAGUUUUAUUUGAAAAUG